AAUGUGGAGAGGGCGAAACCUCCAAAGUGGCCAAUUGUCCCCUACUCCCUUAACUUGUCUGGCAUGCCAGGCCGCAAUAUAAACAUUGCCAUCUUUGCAUCUUUAUAUUCUUCAUCGGUUGCUCCCAUUAGGAGCCCCCCACAGAGAGCAGCAGCAGCAGCAGCUAGCCGAUCAUAUUCCAUUUGGGAUGAGAAAAAGGAGCCACCUCCGCACCCACUCCUCCUUCCCAAUUCUCCUCCAGAUUCCCAUCCUUCCCCCGGAUACACGGUGAACUUGGACACUUUAUAUAUUCAUAUAUACAGGGAGAGGGAAGGAUAGUUUUUAGCCAGCAGCAGGAAGUUUCCAUGGGCAUGAAUAUGCGCUCAAGUUGCAAUUAGCCGCCGCCGCCGCUGCUGCUGCUGCUGCUCAGAUCAUAUGCGUGUGGGUAAGGAAACUAUUCCCUUGUUCGUCCAACUUGCAUUGCCGUGAUUUUGCUUGCUUCCUCUCCCCGGCUGCUAUAGCUCCCCGAUCGUCGUCGUCGCCUCGCCAGCGGCGGCGGCGGCGACGGCUGGAGCGAGCGUUGGCGAUUCCGAAGAUUUUGGGUGUGCCCAUCGGCGAAUUAUUCGCCUCGUGUUGCGUGCCACGCCCUCCGGGGAAUCUAUGCCGGUUGGUGCCGUGCUGUGCAUCGAUUCCGGUCCAACCUAGCUAGCUUGCACUUGCUUGAGGAAGCUAGCGCGCGCCAUAUUUAAGCGCCCGCCGCCGCGCCAAUCUUUCUUCCCCGCCUCCAAAUCUCGUCUCCGCGAAACAAUUCUUGAUGUUUUCAGUGAACACUGGAGCUUCGAAGAAUCAGGCCAAGAAGAUUAGGCUGCACGACGGGAUGAUGCCGCUGUGCGACCCGUCGCGGGCGCCGAGCUCCGAGGCGAGGCAGCUUUCCGCGUCCCCCACCGGGCUCUCGGCGUUGCACCAGGAACUGUUCGUCAGCUCCGGGUUUCAGCAGCAGCAGCACGGCGGCGCCGGCGCCGGGUGGGCGCGCGAGGAGUACUACGCGGCGCCGCAGAGGUCGGCGUUCGCGCAGAGCUGCGUCGGCUCCAGCACGGCGGCGUUCUACGCGGCCGAGCACCUGCUCGGCAUCGGGCAGUUCGACGGCGCCCCACUCGGGAUGCUCCCGCCGGCGGCGGCGAUGAUGCCCGCGGUGGCGGCCAGGACGCGGCCGGAGAGCGGCGACAUGUACCGGCCGCUCGAGCUCGACCCGGUGAUGCUCCGGGCCGACCAGUCGCCGUCCGUGAGGACCUACUACGUGCGGCCGCAGCAGCGGCCGGACCCGGUGGAGCUGGAGCUGCCACUGCCGCCGGCGCACCUGCAGCAAGAAAGAGGCGUGCACCAUGGCCUGUUCGGCAACCAUCCGACCAUUAAACCGCACUCGUUCUCCUCACCCCAUCUGCAUGUCCCGUCCAUGGAGGCGCCGAGCAGCAGCAGCAGCAGCCUGCUGAGCCAGAUGGAGAGCCACAGCCAGCAGUCCGCCAGGAGCAGCGUCGGCGCGCCGGCGACACCCACCGGCGCCGGCAGCGUGUCAGCGCCUCCUCCGCCGAGCAAGACGCGGAUCCGAUGGACGCCGGAGCUGCACGAGCGGUUCGUGGACUGCGUGAGCAAGCUCGGCGGCGCAGACAGGGCGACCCCGAAGGGCAUCCUGAAGCUGAUGAACUCGGACGGGCUCACCAUCUACCACAUCAAGAGCCAUCUCCAGAAGUACCGAAUGGCCAAGUACAUGCCAGCGCCAUCGUCGUCGUCGUCAUCCGAAGGGAAGCAGCACGAGAAGAGGGCCGCCGGAGGCGACACCCAGCACGAUCUCGACCCCAAAACUGGGAUGCACAUCACGGAAGCACUCCGCGUCCAGCUCGACGUGCAGCGCCGCCUCCACGAGCAGCUCGAGAUACAGCGGAGGCUGCAGGUGAGGAUCGAGGAGCAGGGCAAGAGGCUGCAGAAGAUGUUCGAGGACCAGCUCAAGGCCAGCGGCGGCAACAGCGCGCCGGCAGCGCCGGACCCCAACACUGUCCUCUUCCCGGCGGCGGCGGCAGGGGAUCAGGAGGAGGACGCCGUGUUCGUCGACGACGACGACGACGAGGUGCAGAUCAUCUCCGUCGCCAGCGGCAGCUACGACGACGAGUUGUUAGCCUUGUGAAAACCGCGGAUGCUCUUAGGCUCUCUUUUUCCCCCUCCCUUUGGACGAAAAGAUGCCCCUAGAGUUUUUGGUUUGGCAGACGUUGAUGUUCAGUUUCUCGAUGUAUAUUAACAACGAUGAUUGGUCGUGCGCAUUGAUCGAUGCA